CAAGCAGGUUCGAGCUGGCCUUCUCUUGUUCGGGGCUCACGAAUCCCCGACUUGCCGAGGCGCGUCUCCCCCACAGAAGCGAACGGGGGCACCGCGAGGCGAGCCCCGUGGCCAAGACGUGGCGCUCCGGCGCCUCUCGGCGGCCCGAUGGCCCGCCGCCGCCGCCGCAGACGCUGGCCGCGCUGGAGCGGCCAGCCCGGCGCCGCACUGUGUGCGCUGGCGGUCGCGCUCGGGAUGCGCCUCCGGGCCGAGCUCGCGGCCGCCGCGCUCACCUGCCUGCCCCGGCGCGCGGCGAGGGGCGCCUGGCCAGUGGCCCGAGGGGCACGGCCGCACUCGCGGCGCGCCGCGGCUGCCGCAGCAGCGGGGUGCCGCGGCAGGCCGCGCGCGACCUCGGCCAUCCGCUGGCUGAUGUCGGAGGACGACGCCUCCUUCCUGGGCGGCUGCUUCGGCGCGCGGUGGCGCCUGCGGCGCUGGGCGUGCCCUCGGGUGGCCUUCGGCGUCGGCUGCUGCCUGGGCCUCCUGUCCGAGCUGGGCCUGCCGAGCGGAGGAGGGCCCCAGCCCACGGGGGGGAGCGGGCAGACCCCGAGCCCGAGCAGGUUCAAGUCUGCGAUGAUGCUGCGCACCCUGGCCUCCGGCAGCGAGCAGGUGGUCGACCAGGCCGAGGUGGCGGACUUCGUCAGGCAGCGGAGGCUGGAGACUCCAGAAGACCUGACCCUGCGGGGAGACGGGUGGACGUUCAUUGUCAACUUGGUGAACUCGGCCACGCCGGAGAUGCAGGGGCUGCACCACGCCCUGUGGGCUGGCUUCGGGCUCGGCGGCGGCUUCAACGCGUACCUGACCCCUCCAGGUGCCCAGGGUCUGGCGCCGCACGUGGACAAGCACGACGUCUUCGUGCUUCAGCAGUCUGGCCAGAAGGAGUGGCACCUCCUGGACGAGGCCACCUGGUCUGAGAGGCACACCGUCACUCUCACUGCUGGGGACGUGCUCUACCUCCCGGCGGGCGUGCCGCACUACGCGAGGAGCGCCGGCGGCGAGCCGUCCCUGCACCUGUCUGCGGGCGUGCACAGGUCUCACCUGAGCGCGGCCGGCAUCCUCGCGGCCUGGCUGGAGCUGGGCGACGGCGCAGUCCCGGCGCUGACGCCCAAGGUGGCAGACGACAUCGCGUUCUGGACGAGGCGCCUGGCCGCGAGGGGUGGCCCCUGGGGCGGCGCGGGCCAGCUCCUCGCGAGCCCCCUGAGCUGA